AUGAGCUCAUUAAACUACUCAUCCCCUGCUAAAGAAGUGGAUGUCUGCUGUCCGGAGAAAGAAGCUCUGGCGCUGAACAUUGUCGUGAAAGACGAAGAGGAGGAUAUUACAGUGAAAGGAGAGAAAGAAGCUCUGGCGCUGAACAUUGUCAGAAUGAAAAAGGAGGAUAUUACAGUGAAAGGAGAGAAAGAACCUUUCAGAAUGAAAAAGGAGGAAGAGGAGGCUGUUAUAGGGAAAGAAGAGAAAGCAUACUCUUCCUCUCUAAAUGGUUCUAUCUCAGUAAAGGUGAAGGAGGAAGACGUUUUGGGAGUGAAAGAGGAGGAGACAGAAUAUCAGAUUAACACCAGAGAGAGACAUGACUAUCGUGGAUCCUCUGGGGAGCCUCAACAACAUCCUGAUGCUGACGAGGCAGAGAAGAGUCUAUCCAUUUCAGAACACCAGAUGGACAACGCUAGCCCUUCCUCCCUCCCGGAGUCCCCGUGUCGUGCCUCUCCCGGUAGCACCUUACUGCUGGGUAUGAAGAGGUUGUCUGUGCUGCUGGUGGACUGCAGGAAAACAACAGGGCUGAGUGGAACUGUGAGAGGAGGAGAAGAGAUGAAAGGAUCAGAUUUGACUCAUCAAAGAGAAAGACCAGACUCGGAGGAACCAGAGCCAGGGACGUCCCAACUAGCAAGACGACACCACUGCUCCCAAUGUGGAAAGUGUUUCAACCAUUCAUGGGAGCUGAAAGGGCAUGAGAGAAUACACACAGGAGAGAAGCCUUACCACUGCUCCCAGUGUGGAAAGUGUUUCAACCAUUCAUGGGAGCUGAAAGAACAUGAGAGAAUACACACAGGAGAGAAGCCUUACCACUGCUCCCAAUGUGGAAAGUGUUUCGGCCGUUCGGGGGAGCUGAAACAACAUGAGAGAAUACACACAGGAGAGAAGCCUUACCACUGCUCCCAAUGUGGAAAGUGUUUCAACCGUUGGGGGAGCUGAAACAACAUGAGAGAAUACACACAGGAGAGAAGCCUUACCACUGCUCCCAAUGUGGAAAGUGUUUCAACCAGAGAGGAAACCUGAAACGACAUGAGAGAAUACACACAGGAGAGAAGCCUUACCACUCCUCCCAGGGUGCAAACCAUUUGCCCAUUUAGGAAGCCUGAAAGAACACAUUAGACUGCACACAGAGGAGAAGGCUUAGAAAAGCUCAGACUGUGGGAAAACAUAUUACUCAUAAGUCAUUUAAACGUCAUUAGAGAAUCCACACAGGAGAGAGAAAUUACUUCUCUUAGCGUGUAUAUUGAUAUUUCACAUCACAUUGACUUAAAAUUCAUCAGAGAACAUACACAGUGCUCCCGUUGUCUUAUAUUGUUGACUGACAAUGUGUUUACCUGUCUUUACCAUAUGUAAUUAAAUGGUACAGGGUAUACUCAAACAUAUAUUUGUUUGUUUUUAUUAGAAAACAUCAAUUGAAUAUGGAGUAUGUCAGUUUGAAUAUAAAGAAGAUCAGGUUCCUUCUUUUAAAGUCUCCUUUUUUUAAACUCUUUGUGUGUUUAUCUGGGUGUGUCAUUCCUCCAGCACUACAGAUAAUCAAGUGAUAUUUGGAUGUAAUGCAUUAGUUCCAUUGUUGACAUUUGCAUUGUAGCCCACUGAUGAUUUAAUGACAUGAAAAUGUUCAGACUCUGUAAUGGAAAAUGUUAAUUGUUUGUGUGUCCACAUAACUGAGUAUGUGACUAACCUUGUGAAACUGUAUUAUAAGCUCCUGUUCUUGGGAGUAUCAUCCUGUGUUGCAAACCAAUUUGCACCUGUGUCCUUGUAUGAAUAAAGUCCCGCCCAGGAACAGGAAACUAUAAAGAUAUGUGCUCAUCACUCAAUGCUUCAGGAAUUCAGACUGUCUACACUGCACUGUGUAACUCUGUUAUUCUCUCUGAGCUCAGAAAUAAAGAAUCUUGGUUUGA